AAAGUCACAAUUAAAAUGUCAACAACUCCAAAAGUUGUUUUGACGUCCGUGAAAUUUUCAGCAGUCGCUUGUGUAUGAGAAAAAAUUAACUUUUAUAACGAUAAAACUGCAUUUUAGUGAAAUGGUGUGAUAAAGUGCAACAAAAUAUAGUAAAGUGCAAUAACUAAAUUAUGUUAUAAGCAAGUAGUGUUAGUGUUUUUAAAGAUUUUCAUGCUAUAGCGUCAGGGCGCUGCCAGUCUCAUGUAAAAUGGCGUUGAAUUUAUUUAGUACUUGCAAAUUAAUUUAUGUGUAAUUAGUAUUCAUAUGCUAAUGAAAUGCUAAAUAUAAGAACAGAAUCAUUCAUACGCGUUCGCAGCGUAAUAACUAUAGCGUUUUUGCUUUGUGUUUGUACAAACCAACGAUGUGAGACGCAGGCGGAUCGUAUCUCUUUAUUACCUGUAGCGCCGCAUUUACAGCAUCAUGCACCGUGCGAUCGCAGUCGAAAGGUUUUCACCGAGCCGUACGGAGAAAUAAGUGAUGGUCCGGCUGGUUUUAACUACACGCAGGACUCGCAUUGCGAGUGGUUAAUAAAGGCUCGCAACGAUAGCCAAUUUAUUACACUAACCUUUCAUAGCAUGGGAACAGAGUGCUCAUAUGAUUACAUUUACGUGUAUGAUGGAGACUCAUUCAAUUCAACGCUGUUAGGCAGCUUUAGUGGGCGUACGCAACCACAGCGUUUGGUAGCGAGGAGUGGAAGCAUGCUCAUACUAAUGUACAGUGACACGAACUACGUGCUCGAUGGUUUUAGAGCUUCCUAUUACAUAUCAAAUUGCUUGAAUAAUUGCCACAAUCAUGGAAAAUGUGUUGGUCAUCAGUGCGUAUGUCAUGGAGAAUGGGUCCUACCCGACUGCGAAAAUGAAGCUUGUCCCAAUAAGUGCGGUGAAUCGCAAGGGCGUGGAAAAUGCGUCAAAGGCAUUUGUCACUGCGAGGAGGGAUUCAGCGGCCGGUUAUGUGAUUUGUAUAUCAAUCCACCGGGCGGAAACUGGCGUUGGCUGGCCACAGAUGCAGAGGGCAUGACUCCGCGCGCUGCCCACACUGCCAUAUAUCUCGAAGAACAGGAUGCUCUCUAUGUAUUUGGCGGUUACGACUUAAAUAACGUUAUAAAUUCCCUACAAGUUUAUCGCUUCAGCAGCAGUCAGUGGGUGGAUGAGUGGGGUUUAUUACUGCAAGAUCACAAUUAUUCACAAAAAAUAAACGCGACUCUGCUUAAAGCUGUUUUACAACAUAAAAAUGAGGAUGAGGCUAAGCUAUGGGGUCUAAAUAGCGAUGUUUCGUUUUUUCGAAACAUUCUAUAUACACUUGCCGAAUCUAAUUUGCAUCAACGGCGCACACGAUCAUCUCAGCUUAUUGCGGAUGUGAGCGCUAAUACGACAAAUGACCAAAUUCCUGAAUAUUUUGAUGAUAUCUUAGAAGAGGUUACAGAUAAUAAACCUGAAGGUCGAUAUGGACAUGCAGCAGAUCGUGUACCAGGCGGCUUCGUAAUAUAUGGCGGUAAAAAUGCGAAUGGAAGUUUUUUCAAUGAUUUAUGGUUUUAUAAUAGCACCGAAAGCGGUGGUAAGUGGAAGCAAUGGGCACGCAAAUCAAAGCUGGUGCCACCAAAAGUUGCACGUCAUACAAUUACAUUGGCUGGCGAAUUUCUAUAUUUAUUCGGUGGAAGCCUGGAAACCGGGGAAUUUUCAUCAAAAAUUUAUCGAUUACGUCUGCCCAUUUAUAACAAAAUUAAAUCUCCUAUUAUGGAGGAUGCAACCAGCAGCGGAGAAACUGUAUAUAUUGAAGGCGUUAAUGAGGAUGAUGACGAUGGUCAAUGGGAAUUUGUUCACCCUCGCGGUGGCAAAUCAUUAGAUGUGCGUCUCGCUGCUCAUAGUACGGUGUACUAUAGCGCAACAAAUUCCUUAAUUGUUUUCGGCGGCAUUAUGUCGAGUUUGGCGCGUUUCUCCAAACUCUCCGACCGAAUAUUCGCAUUCCAGUUAGAUAAAUUGCAUUGGACCGAAAUACUUUACCCGCGCACUGCCUUACGCGACACAAACAUUCCGCAUGAACGCGCUUUCCAUUCCGCCACCAUUUCCGGAAAUUAUAUGAUCGUUUUCGGUGGCUAUACGCAUCGUCACAACAAAGAUGAAAUCUGCUAUGACAAUCAAAUGUACUGGUAUCAUCUCAGCUGUCACAUUUGGAUCAAUCAAGUGGUGUCGGCUGAUGAAAACUUGUAUCCGAAAAAACAAGGUGUAUUCGCACAUGCAGCUGCAUUAAGGCGUAAUAAUACAUUGUUGAUUGUUGGCGGUUAUCACGGGAAUGUCAAUGCUGAUCUCUUCGCUUAUGAACUGCCACAAGUAUUACGCGUACAAAAUCAUGGCUACAAUCCAGAAAUGUCAUGCCGGUUCCAUACUUCACAUACAGCAUGUUUAUCUAAUCCCGAGUGCGGUUGGUGUUCAGCUGACAGUAGCUGUUAUGGACGCACAAUUGGCGCUAAUUGCACCACAAAUCUACAAACCACACGUUGUCCCGGUAUAUGCCCCUCGCUGGGAGAUUGUCAUUCAUGCCUGGUACAUGGAACACAGUGGCAUGCCGAAACAGAUCACUACUUCUCAGUCGCCAGCAAAUUGGGGCUGAACGAAUGCACUUGGUGCGUUCAGAACGCGAAAUGCCAUCAUCGUGAUGACAAUUAUGGCAUAUGCGGUGAGGAUACACCGUCACAUAGUCCGGGUUGGUGGGGCGAAAAGGGCACCGAAAUACGCCGUCCCUCGCUGUGCACCAGCAAUGAUAAGCGUCCCGGUCUUACGUACAUUAAAUACCAUCAUCCUGUUAAUUUAACAAUGCCCGAUUUUGUAUCUAUCGUAAAUGCGACAAUGGUAGACUUUGGUUCGCCUCCGCCUACCACGCAAUACGAACAAAAGACGGAGGGAGAAAUGUUGGCACGCCUGCUGGGUUUUGUGAGACCACAAAAGACUUGGGAAGAACCGUCCGAAAUACAAGUCUGCACCAGCUAUUCCACAGCUAUAUUACGCGCAGGUUUGAGCAAAAACUUAGAAUCACUCAAGGAAUUGACCAAUCGUUCCACAAAUCAGUCGUAUUGCGGUCCCGUUGAAAUUCCCAGCACAGAUCAACCUUUCCUUAUAGAUUUCCAAGCACGUAGGCGUGUCGGUCUCUCUACACUGUAUAAUGCUUAUCAAAAGACGAAAAUGGAAUUGCAACAUAUUUAUCAUGGAAAUCUAAAUGCUUUUACCUUCGAAUAUCUAGAGCCUUAUUACUCCGGCAAUUGCACACAAUACAGCAACUGCCUGCACUGUUUGACCGAUUCGUCGUGCGCCUGGUGCGGCUUAACUUCGAAGUGUGUCGACAAAACGGUUAAUGAGACUGAAGUCUGUUCACUCGCCGCCACUUCAACAUCAGCGGACAGCGUCGACUACUGGGAGUAUCUCAUUACACAACCCAGCCAAUGCGCCAAUUGUUCCAAUUAUGUCUCCUGCGAUGAAUGCGUUACGUCCGGUCUUUGCGAAUGGUGGACAGAAGAGGCGCGCUGUGCACGCUUUGGCAAAUCCGAACAUGGCGUACGCAAUACAUCGAUGUGUCCCAUGCCAUGCCGCUUGCGCAAGUCAUGCGACCAGUGUCUAAAUGAACGUGGCCGCUGUGUGUGGUGCGAGGCAAGCGCGCAAUGUUUUAGUUUUGCCGUUUACACCAGUGAAUAUCAGUUUGGCAUGUGUCGCGAGUGGUUGGACCAAAUUGUUUCGAACGAUACACAGCGCAUCAUGGAUUUCGGGCCUGCCGCACGCGGUGGUACUGCCACCAAUAUACAGCAACAGCCAAAAUUGGCACAAAAGCAACCCGCAACGCAGUGUAAAUCCUGCGCUUUGUAUAACAACUGUUCAUCCUGCCUGCGCACGCUUAGCUGCGGUUGGUGCUUUGACCGCGACAACCCCAUCGAAGGUGUCUGCAUGCAGGGUGACUUCAGCAGAUCAUUUAGCAAUUGUUCGCUGGCGUUGAAUAGUCCUACACUGCAUGACGCCGAGUGGGCGUACGCGCAGUGCCCGGAUGUCGACGAGUGUGGAUUGGGACUGCACGAUUGCCAUAAAGAAGCGAAAUGCACAAAUACGCAUGGCUCUUAUAAUUGUCAUUGUCGACGCGGUUACGUCGGUGAUGGUAGAUUGUCCUGCGUGCGGACCUGCUAUGAGAACUGUGUGAACGGCUAUUGUUCGGGUCCACCGGAUUAUGUGUGCAAGUGCGAACUGGGCUGGACCGGCACUGACUGCUCUAUCAACUGCGGCUGCAACAAUCAUUCAACCUGUGUGGAGCGCGUCGGUAAAUGCGAUCAGUGCCAGGCGUGGACGGAGGGUGAACGCUGUGAGCGUUGUCGCCAGGGUAGCUACGGCAAUGCCACAUCAGCCGAUGGCUGUCAUCCUUGCGAAUGCAAUGGACACGGCAAUCAGGAUCUGGGCAUUUGCAAUGUAGGCAACGGCGAGUGCUACUGCAAGGACAACACAGAGGGUUUAAAGUGCGAUCAGUGCGCCAAUGGCUACUACGGCGAUCCGCGCGACGGCGGGCAAUGCUAUUUCCAGUGCGAAUCACGCGGCAUGUUGACCAAUAUUGGACGCAGCGGUAUUGGGUCAUAUCAGUCCUAUAAAAAUCCGUGGGGCGCAAGUUUGGAAGUACGCGAGUGCUUGUGGAUACUAUCACCGAAAACUUUGCAGGCCGAAAAGUCACUGCUGCAAUUGGAGUUUGAAUGGCCCAGCCUGUCAAUGGACUGUGAUGAAAAUGCUGUCUACAUAUACGAUAGUUUGCCCGAUCUCACGGGCGUAACGCAGCAAAAUCAGCUAAUAUCUGUGGUUUGUUCGCCCUACACUGCUACACACAUUGUCGAAGCGCGCUCGAGCCAUGUUACGGUUUACUACAAGCAAGGCGGCGAUCGUCAAAAGUUCGGCUUCAAUGCGCUUUACACCGUGAAAAAUUGCGCUGCGCGCACUUGCCUACAUCCGCACAUUUGCGAUGAGCAACAGCGCUGCGUUUGCGCCGCCGGAUAUGUGGGCGCGCGUUGUGAAAUCGAAAUUUGUCCGAAAAAUUGUAAUGCCAAGCGUAUGCAGGGCUAUUGCGACACCGAUUAUGGGCGCUGCAUUUGCAAUAGUAGCUACGCAGGACCGGAUUGUGGCACGCUCGUCAAGCCAAAUCACCUCGUCGUUACAGAUCUCUUCAACACGCUACUGCUGAGCGACACCUACGAACACUUGCGCAAAACAAUACCGCGCUUUGGACACUCGGUGAAUGCCGAUCGUCGUGGUUCGCUUUGGAUGUUUGGUGGUUACUCGCCAUCACAUGGGCCGCUCAACGAUUUCCGCCAAUUCGAUGCUAAGAAUGGCACAUGGAUGCAGGUGACUGUCGAAUCGACGCCGGACGACAAAAUGCCACUUGGCCGCUAUUUCCACGCCUCAGAAAUAUACUUGAAAAAGCAGAUUAUUUUCAUUUAUGGCGGCAUUAGCAUACGCGGUGAGCAGGAAGAGCGUACUUCGCAGCUGAUACUAGACGACUUCUGGCAGUUCUCCAUACAAAAUCAACGCUGGAGCGAGAUCGAGUUGUUGCAGCGCCGCGAAAAGCCACCAGCUUUAGCUGGUCAUACGCUGACGCAGACAAGGUAUAAUGAACGCGAAUCGCUUAUACUAAUUGGCGGCAUGACGCGCAACAAGUCGCGACAGCUGGAGUUGUGGGAAUUCAAUUUGGAGACAUUCCGCUGGGAGCAGUUAUUAGCGUUGGGCGUGCGCAUGCCAGUGCUGUACGGCCACAGCACUGUGUACAAUGCAGAUUCGCAUAUACUUUAUGUAUUUGGCGGUUACUCUUCAGAGCCACAGAAUAAAUUGUAUGCUCUGAAUCUGCAGAAGAUGACUUGGACUGAAUUGCCGACAUUCAAAGAUUUGUCACGGCCCGAUGGGCUACUGCCACGCGCGCGUUACUUUCAUUCGGCUGCCACAACUGAGCGGUACAUGGUUGUCUAUGGCGGACGCACUCACCCCUAUGACGCCAACGAUGUGCUGAUUGCGUACAUAUACGAUUGCAAUCAAUGGGUGCGGCUGACAGAAGAUGUACAUGUGGUCGGUAUAUUGCCGCAUUCGACGUAUGCCGAGGCGAUUUCCAUCGAUCACGACAGCAAGGCUAUCUAUGUAAUUGGCGGCUGGGAUGGCAGCGCCGCGCAGAGUCAUGUGACGCGCAUAAACUUGCCCGAUGAUAUUUGCCAACUGUGGAGCGCGAGCAAGUAUUUGUGUCGCCACCACAAAGGCUGCAGCUACUGCACUGUAACGGGCACCUACAGUUCGGCCUCCUACUGCUUCUCCGAAGGCGAUUCUGGCGUGUGCGAACACCACAACGGCACGCUUAUCUACAAUAAUGGCGCGGCGUGUGACGAUGCUUGGAUGGCGCGACGGAAUUGCUCUACCUUCACCACGUGCAGCGCGUGUUUGGCCUCCUGGCCGACGCACGUUGAAACAACGCCAGUGUGUCAGUGGUGCGACGAAUGUGGCAUAAAGGGACGCUGCGUGCCCGCCGGUGUGGACUGCGAGCGCCACAGCACUUGGUGCAAUAAAGAAAUCAGCGUCGGCUUGUUGAAUCUCUGUCCGCAGCCGCAGUGCCAUACACUGUACUGUGAGGCUUGUGUUAUGAAUGAGAAUUGUGAGUGGGCGCAGAGCGAACUGGGCACCAUCGAGUGCAUUACCAAGGAGCUUGUGGAGCAGAAUCAGUAUCGCAUUAUUGGACAAUGUCCGAUGCCGUGUCACAUCUAUAAGAACUGCAGCACUUGCCUGAACAACUAUGACGAAAAUCCCAAAGACUGCAAAUGGUCGACGAUGUUGAAUAGCUGUUUGUCGCCACAGUCGCAGCCGCUACUGUGCGCCGGUGGCGUUUGUGGACUGGUGCUGGAGGCGAAUGAGACUUCGCAUUGCCCCGAGCCGUGUCACGUGUACGACCACUGUUCAACGUGUCUGGAGCAUGCGCAUUGCGGCUGGUGUGCGCGCGAUGGCUUUAAUGGCGAUGGCGUUUGCACAGAGGGUUCGCUCGAGAACAAACAGGAGUAUCCGUCCGGUUCUACAUGCGACUUGAUUUAUUCUUCGUGGCGCAAUGAUUCUAAACUUACACCUGCCGAUGUGGUCUCCUGGCACUACGUUAAGUGCCCGGCUGAGGAUGAGUGCACCAAUGGUCAUCACAAUUGUAAUCCCAUAUCGGAGCGCUGUAUCGACACGGAGGUCGCGUACACUUGCCAGUGUGGCGUAGGCUAUCGCGAUGAAAAUGGCACUUGUCUGCCAGUUUGUAGUCAGGGCUGUGUGCGCGGUAAAUGCAUUAAACCGGACAACUGCACUUGUGACUUUGGCUAUGUCGGUGCCAACUGUAGCAUACAAUGUUUGUGCAAUGGUCAUUCCAACUGUGAAGGACCUGAUCGGCUCGAUGUGUGUCUGGAGUGCCAUAACAAUACGAAGGGCGACCAGUGCGAGAAGUGUAAGCCGUUAUAUGUGGGCAAUCCAAAGGAAGGGCACGAAUGUGUGCCAUGCCUGGAUUACUGCAACGGUCAUACAGAUGUUUGCUUGGCACACGAAUCCGAUGCGUCGUACUUCAAUAUGACACGCGCUGAGCUGGAGGAGGUUCUGCUCGAGGGUCCUGAGAGCAACGCCACUUGCUUGCGUUGUGCGAAUAGCACUGCUGGUGAUCGUUGUGACACAUGUAUUGUUGGUUAUUUCCGUGGUAGUGAGGAUCAUCACAGAGCUUGUCGUCCUUGUCAGUGUCAUGGGCAUGGCAAUAUCUGCGAUCCGGUCACCGGGGAAAAGUGCAAUUGCGGCAAUAACACGGAGAGCGAUGCUACAUGUACGGCAGGUGGUGGCAAAAAUUCAGCGCAACUUUGCUGGAGUGUGCAGUGUUCCAAGUGUCGAGACUCCUACGCGGGCAAUCCGAUUGAUGGACAUCAGUGUUACAAGCAGAUAACAGUGGAAUCACGCAUGUGCUUCGAUGCAAAGCCGAUUGAGGAGUGCAAAUCGAAGCCGGCGGCACUGCGACCGGGUCAAACCGUCUUCUUCGUUAUACAACCACGCUUCAUGAACGUCGACAUACGCAUCAUAAUCGAUGUCACCCAAGGCGAAUUGGAUGUGUUCAUGUCGCCACAAGAUGACUCCUUCAUUGUGGAGACCAACGAUACGACGGGCUUCCAUGAGAUAUUCCUGGACAAUCGCUACAAUUGGGUGCCAAAAAUGAAACGCAAUCAUCCAUUACACAUAGCAAUGCCGCGCACCGAUAACAUUACCGCAAGCAAAUUGGUGAUGCACGACAAACGCAGCACCUUCUACGGACCACAUAUACAAGACUGCAAGAGUCAUGGCGGACACAGCUUCUUCGUGAAGGACAAACAUGCCAAGGACUUGAGUACGCAUGUCACCCUCAAUCACUGCAAUACGCUGCUGCGACUCUUCGGACUCAAAAAUCGUUUAGUCCUAACGCUACCACAAAAUGCACACAAUUUAAGCGCUACACGCUUCUUCAUCGCUCUACGUGCCGGUGCCGGUCCAGAGCCCAGCUAUGGUUCGGUCGUAUUCCGUCAAGAUCAGCUACACAUCGACCUGUUCGUUUUCUUUUCUGUCUUCUUUUCAUGUUUCUUCCUCUUCUUGGCCGUAUGCGUGGUUGUGUGGAAGGUGAAGCAAGCGGCCGAUUUGCGACGUGCGCGACGUCAACACGUCGUCGAAAUGUUGCAUUUAGCAAAGCGGCCUUUUGCGCGCGUCUUCCUCACAGCAGGCGCAUUAGAUAUGGAAAGUCCACAGCCAGCACCAUCAACAACGCGUUCGGUGCGUACCGCCAUUACGGGGGCACGUUCGCGUCAUCUAGCCGCCAGUGCACAUGCAGCUGAGAUACUGUUGAUAGCGGUUGAGCCAACGGCAGACAACUUAGCGGCGGUGGGCACGGUAUUUAUUAGCCUGCCAGGACGGCAUAAAGCGCCGCUAAGUUUAGCAUUGGGCUCGGCGUUAAUCACAUAUCCCAGAUCAUUUCCGUUGAAUGCGCGUAACUUUAUGAGAGUGCAACGCGGUGGAGGUGGGGGUGGCGCCAGUGGUGGUGGUGGUGGUGCUGCGUCUGUUGGCGGUGGCGGCGCUGGAGCGGCAGCGGCGGCUGGUAAUCAAGCGGCAGCGUAAGUGAGUAUUUGCAGUCAUAAGUUGCUUUGUUUUUUGAAACGAUUUUUAUAGUAAAAAUGUGAAAAAAUAAUUCGAGCUUUUUGUAGGUUCCUAAGCGUACACGGGUUACUUUAAGAGCGAAAUAAACCACGCAAACUGUUGGGCAAACCAAGCAAAAUUUCCAUUUGUUUCAUACCGUUUGUGUUGUGUGUAUGGGGCUGCCUGAAUAAUUGACACACCGGC